AAUUGUAAAAUGUGAACGGUGAAACGACAAAUUAAACAUAUAAAAAAUACAUAAACAUCGAACGUUUAUAUGUCAAACUUUAAACAUAGAAUUUACAAAAUGGUGUCAGAUAUCAUCUUGUUCAAAUCGACUUCUGUUAUUGUUUACAUUUGAUUAAAUGUCAUAAUUGACAUUUCAUUUCAGGUUUUUUUGUAUUUUAUUACCUUGGUAUCGAUAAAUUUCCAGGACGAAUAUUAAUUAAAAAAAUAUUUAUAAUAAACAAUGAAAGGUUGCCUGUUAUGUCUAGAAAUUAGACAGGAUUUGGUUGGUUGUAUACAAGUUGACUCUAUUAAGUGGCAAGAGUUAAAUGUGCAGAAUUUAAUUGAAAAACAUUUCUGGCCCAUGGAAGCUAUACAAAUAUCCGGUUCAUGGCUAUGUACUGGUUGUUGGCAAGAAUUAUAUGAUUUUCACAAAUUUUACGUACGCGUAGAGGAAGCUCAUGCAGAAUUGGGAACUUCAUUGAAGAAAGUUGAGUCGAUUUGCCUUAAAAGUGAUGAGGCACAAAAUGAGGAUUUCAAGCCUUCCAUAGAAAAUGUAACAUUUAAUGAAACACAUUUUGAGCCAGAGAUUUCGUUAAAGGAAUCGCUUCAUAGUGGAAAUCUUCUUGAGGAAGAAGAUAUGGUUAUAAAAGAAGAAGAACAGAGUGAAGAGCCCUUGGAAGAGGAAAAUCUUCCAUUUACCAGAAAUAAAAAAGCACGUCAAGCGAGGAAUGUCUUAGACGAAACUAGUAUAGCUCCUGAAGAUCCCUUAAGUAAAAGAACACAAAACAAAAAGAAUACAACUAGAAAACCGAGAACAGUAAAAGUUAAAGAAUCUAAAAAAUCUAGUGAAAAGUCUGAAACGAAUACAACAAAGGGCCCUGAAACUACUGAAGCUAACCCCAUUAAAGAUGAUCCCGAUGUAAUGGAAACAAAUGAUGAUGAAGCUAAUAACUUGGACACAGAUACUGACUCCAAUUAUGAGCCCGACAAAGAUGCCACAGAACUCGAUGAAAAGAAAUCAACAUGCAAAUCUUCGAAGAGCACAAAUCAUGAAAAUGAUAUAUUCCUAACGGAAAACUUUAAAAUCACCUGCAGUAUUUGCCAAACUCCAGCUGAAACAUUUCAUGCCCUCUGCAAACACUUCAAAACAGUACACAAACAAAUUGGCUUUGUUAUCUGCUGCAAGAAGAAAUUCUACAGACGUAGUCUUCUUGUCGAUCAUGUUCAUCAGCAUGUAGAUCCAAAUUAUUUUAAAUGUACUAUUUGCGAUAAGGUGAUGGCCGAUCGCAAAUGUUUGAAUAUGCACAAUAAAACUCAUAACGAUAAGAAGGAAAAGGUACAUCCUUGUGAUAUUUGCAACAAGAAAUUCAGUAUGUAUAUGUCAUUGAAACUUCAUAAAAUGUCUCAUUUAUCGGAAGAUGAAAAGCAUGUGCCAUGUACGGAAUGUGGCAAGAAGUUUGCCAGUAAAUCACUACUGUCCAAUCAUGUGCGUUCGGUACAUUUAAAGAAAUAUAUAAAUAUCUGCGAUAUAUGUGGCAGAUCGAUAAGAUGUAAGGAAGUCUUUGAGCGGCAUAUGUUGCAGCAUGAAGGCAAACCAUUGCCCACAGUGAGCUGUGAUGUUUGUGGCCUACUUUUGGCCAAUAAGCAUAGCUUAAAGCAGCACAAACUUAUGGUACAUCCUGAGGGUGGGAAAAAGGAAUUCACCUGUCCUGUCUGUGCUAAGAUCUCACCCAAUUUGAAGGCUCACAAGAAACAUGUCCAAUAUAAUCAUGAAUGGGGUUACGAUCACAAAUGUACAAUGUGCGAAAAAGCAUUUAAAACGGCACACACUUUAACGGAACAUAUGGCUUCUCAUACGGGUACAGUGCUCUAUACCUGUCCAUGGUGUCCAAAAACCUUCAAUUCAAAUGCCAAUUUCCAUAGUCAUCGUAAAAAGAGUCAUCGCAAAGAGUGGGAAGAGGCUACACGUAAAAAAUAUUCUGGCAAUUUACCACCUAAUUAUAAUCCACCACCUCCUGCGCCACCUUCAAACAAUACUAACGAAUGUGAAAUACCUCUUUAUAUAAAAAAUUUUCUUUACUUCCUCAGCAUGGAUAAAUGUUUGCUUUGCUUAUCUAUGGAUAAAUUGUUUAUAACAAUUAAUUCAUUGCAAUGGCAAGAAUUCAACGUAAAGUUUUUAAUAACUAAACAUUUGUGGCCCAUGGAAUUUCUAAUACCCACAACAGGUGUUUGCCAAAAGUGCUGGCAAGAACUUUAUAGCUUUCAUAAGUUCUUUAAGGAGAUACAAGAGUCUCACCAUAAAUUUGGUCUUAUUAAAACUUUAAAUAAAAUUGAAUUACAAGAAUCUAAAGGAAAAGCCUGUGAGGAGGAAUUAAAAAAUCUCUAUCAUAUGAGACUUAAACCAGAAAUAGCACAAAACUCCAUUGAAUACGAGAUUGAUGAAAUCGAACAAAUUGAAAUAAAACAAGACCAAUCUACAGAAAUUACAUCUGAGGAUCCCCUUAAUGAAUUACGGGAAUUUAAAACAGUUGCAUUGAAUACUGUUUGCAACCAACAGGAAAACGAUUUAAUGGAUAGUUCACACUCUGAUUUGGAAUCUUUGCAAAAUCAAGACGUCACUACAGCGACAAAUCUCAAUGAAUACAAAAUUGAUGAGAAGGAUAAAUUCAUUGCCGAAAACUUCAAUAUCAACUGCUGUUUAUGUCAAAUAGCCAUGAAAACAUUCCAUGAGAUGUGUCAACAUUUCAAAGUGAAACAUAAAAUUCGUGGUUAUGUGACAUGUUGCAACAAAAAGAUUUUUAGACGAUGUUAUCUACUCGAUCAUAUAAAUUUUCAUUUAAACCCAAACUAUUUCAAGUGCACGCAAUGCGAUAAGGUUUUAGCCGAUCGCUUAUGCUUGAAAUCCCAUUUAAAAACGCAUGAAGAUAGUGUGGCAAAAAAUCAUUGCUGUGAUAUAUGUGGCAAGAGUUUUAUGUGCCAAUCGAAAUUGAAAAUUCACAAAACAACACAUUUGCCCGAAGAAGAAAAACCAUUUUCUUGUACAGAUUGCAAAAAAAAAUUUGCCAACAAAUAUCUACUAUCAAAUCAUGUACAUGCGGUCCAUUUGAAAGUUUAUGCUAAAAUAUGCGAUAUUUGUGGCAAAUCUUUAAGUUCAACGGAUGAUCUUGAGCGGCAUAUGUUAGAGCACGAAGGUAAACCAGCUCCCACAUAUAGUUGUGAUAUAUGUGGACUCAUUCUAACAAGUACGAAAGGUUUGAAACGACACAAAAACACAAUACAUCCAGUGGGUGGACAUCAGGAAUAUACUUGUACCAUUUGCUCAAAGAUAUCACCGAAUAUUAUGGCCCAUAAAAGACAUAUCAAGUUUUCACAUGUAAUGGGUUUAGAUCAUAAGUGUAAAAUAUGUGAAAAGGCUUUUAAAAAAGCAAGAACUUUAAAGGAACAUAUGGCUACGCAUACAGGAAAAGUUUUAUAUACAUGCAGUUGGUGUCCAAAAACAUUCAAUUCAAAUGCUAAUAUGCAUAGUCAUCGUAAAAAGAUGCACCCUGUAGAAUGGUUGGAGGCAACAAGUAAAAAGUAUACUGGCAAUUUACCGCCAAAAAAACAAAGAUACAAAUGAAAUUAUUUGCCUAGUUAAAUAAAGAUGAAUAACGUAAUAAUUUCCAGAAAAAUUAAUUAGUUUUAUGGAGAAACUAUUAAACCGAUCAUUCUGUUAUAUAUCUUUACAUAGACUGACAUAUCUUUUAUCUAAUUUUUAAUAAGAAUUAAGAUUUCUUCAACAGAUUAGAAUUUAAGGAGUUAUUUCGUCCCAAACCGCCUUCAAAAACUACUGUUUAAAAUUAUUUCCGUUAAAUACCGAUAACACAUCUGUUUUUGUUCGUCCAGCUGUCAAACAGUGGGG